GGCCCAAUGGCAGAGUCCUAGAGUGUAGGGAAGCUCCGCCUCGCUACUGACAGGUCCGCUCGGCACGGGAAGGAGCGGCAACGUUUUAAGAUGCUCUGCCUGGCUGCACCGGCGCUGCUGCGGGCCCUGGCCCGGGCCUCACGUGCAGGUCAUCUCAGUGGCCGAGGCCUCCACGCCAGCUCAGUCGCAGCCACCUACAAGUAUGUGAACCUGCGGGAGCCCAAGACAGACAUGAAGUCGCUGACUGACCAGGCUGCUCAGACCCUGCUGUGGACGGAGCUCGUACGAGGCCUGGGCAUGACCCUGAGUUACCUGUUCCGGGAGCCGGCCACCAUCAACUACCCGUUUGAGAAGGGCCCGCUGAGCCCGCGCUUCCGCGGAGAGCACGCGCUGCGCAGGUACCCGUCCGGGGAGGAGCGCUGCAUCGCCUGCAAGCUCUGCGAGGCCGUGUGCCCCGCCCAGGCCAUCACCAUUGAGGCAGAGCCCAGGGCGGAUGGCAGCCGCCGGACCACCCGCUAUGACAUUGACAUGACCAAGUGCAUCUAUUGUGGCUUCUGCCAGGAGGCCUGCCCUGUGGACGCAAUCGUGGAGGGCCCCAACUUCGAGUUCUCCACGGAGACACACGAGGAGCUGCUGUACAACAAGGAGAAACUGCUGAGCAACGGGGACAAGUGGGAGGCCGAGAUCGCCGCCAACAUCCAGGCCGACUACCUGUACCGGUGACGCCGCCACCCCAGCCCCGCUGCCUGAAUAAAGGCGCUCUGCCCC